AUGCGAGUUCAUUUUAUGCGGCCAGCCAGUGUGGCGGCUCAGCUGGAGCUCUGGAGGCUUCACGGAUAUGAGCUCGCGGUCACGGAACGGCCGUCCCCAGGCACAGCCAGCGUCGGUCCGAGCCAGCCGUCACCACAGCCCAAGUCGGGCACCACGAGCCCUUCAGACACGUCCGACUACCACUCGGAUCAGUCGCUAGGCAGCGGUGACCUUCAGCAGCAACAGAGGCCUGCUGUCAUCCGGCGCUGUUCGCUAAUCUGCUCCUCCGGGUCGGACCAGUUCACGUUUGACAGCCGGGCUGACCCCAAUGACCCAGGAACACCCAGGGUUAGGACUCCGGUGCCUGGCGGGCGCAGUAGUGGCAGCGACUUCCCUGGCGUUACGACGAUAAAACGCAACACGCUGCUGCAUCCUGAAGGCCAGGCCAACCUGCAACGCUCCGUCUGCGUGAAUGGACGCUACCAGAACCCAUGGCCGACGUGGCGGCCUCCCACCGUCACCAACAUCUUCAAGUUUGGCCUGUCACGCGACAACAGCAAUGUGCCUCCAAAGCAGGAGCUGGACUUGGUUCUGCCGGUGCUGAAGCCCCGCUUCCAGGAUCCGCCUGUAGAGGGAGUGCGCAUCACGUGGCUGGGCCACUCAACGGCAUUGCUACAGAUGAAGGGCGUCAACGUGCUGACGGACCCCAUGCUGAGCGAGCGUGCCUCACCCAGUCAACUGCUGGGGCCCAAGCGCUUCCGCGAGGCGCCCUGCACCGUCGCUGACCUACCUCGCAUUGACGCAGUUGUCAUCUCCCACAACCACUACGACCACCUUGACCUCAACACGGUGCACCAGCUCAAUGCCAGGUUUGAGGAGACGUUGCGGUGGUUUGUGCCGCUAGGCCUGACGCCCUGGAUGGAGCAGCUGGGCUGCGAGAACGUGGUGGAGCUCGACUGGUGGCACGAGGGGCACCUGGCCACCGAGGACAAUGACCUCUCCUUUGUCUUUGUGCCGGCACAGCACUGGUGCAAACGCACCAUCAGCGAUGACAACAAGGUGCUGUGGGGUGGCUGGUGUGUGAUCAGCCCCGAGUACCGAUUCUACUUUGCGGGCGACACAGGCUACUGCGACGUGUUCAAGCAGAUUGGGCAGACAUACGGACCCUUUGACCUGGCCGCCAUUCCCAUUGGAGCCUAUGAGCCCAGGUGGUUCAUGAAGUACCAGCACGUGAACCCUGAAGAAGCCGUGCUCAUACACAAGGAUGUCCGUAGCCGUGCCACGCUGGCGGUGCACUGGGGUACCUUCACGCUCGCCAAUGAGUACUACCUCGACCCCCCGGUGAAACUGCGGGAAAGUCUCGAUCGACACGGAAUAUCGCCCCGUGAAUUCUUCACACUCAAACACGGAGAGUCACGACUGUUGCACGCGGCACCCCCUAACCGAACGUCCCGUGUGCUACCCUGACGACCGUGAUAAGGUGUGCCGAAGUAAUGUUUGCUGUAUCUUAACUUUUGGCAAUUGCUCGAUCACGAGCGCCGCGCUGUGAGCCCCACUGACAACUUGGAAAAGAUGGAUCGCCGCAAAAAAAGACGGCUUGCCUCGUCUGACUGCACAGCUGAUGGCAACACACUCAUCCCCGGAAGCAGAUGAUUGUUAUCAGCUGUGUGAGCAGCCUCGUUCGACGCCUCCACUCUUUUUCUCGUGCAAGCAAUGACCAUGCUGAAAGUUUGGAGGCAUUGUCUUCUGAAGACAUCUCCAGCAGCCCUGCAAUCAGCUGCUGUGUUUUUAUUUGUGUGUGUGUGUGUGUGAGUGUAUGCACGUGCAAACAUCUUUUGCACUGUAACUUUGAAGUCGUUUUUGAAAGAAAUGAUACGAGUCCGUACGAUAUUCAUAUGGUUCUGCGGUAUCCAGUUUUAAAGAAUGGAUGACAUCGAAACAAGGUGAUUAACCUGUGCCUUAUGGGACAGCAGACAUUUGCAGCUGCAUCCAGGCAAGAUUUUUUUUAUUAUUAUUGUCAAGAAAUGGGUUGUUAUUGCUGUGGCUUAUGUUUGUUAACUUUGGGUGUUACUGGCAAAAGAAAAUGUGCCAGGAGGAAUCCUUUUGGUGCAGCAACCUACCCUGCAGUUUUAUUUCAAAUUCUGUCACUUAAAAAAAAUUAUGUUGCAAUUAUGUUGCGAUGUUGUUGAAGUAUUUUCUUUGUAUAGAUGUAGAACUAAAUUAUUUAACAUGUCAUAUGCUGCAAUCUCAACCCAGUCCAUCACUUGAAAAUAUUUUGCAGAUUAGCCUGUUCCUUAGCAAUGCAAGUUUGAAAUUACCCCCCUCACAGUUGUUCUUGCAUUUGCUAUGUGUGCCUACAAACGCAAAAGUGUUUCCAUAUUGACAAAAUGUGUCUAACCAACAUGCCUUAUUGUGAUCUUGUUAAAGUAACUGAAGCUAGUCAGCAAUGUCCAGCCUUUGUUAUCGUGCUUACAAAUAGUUCUUGAACAAUCUCCAAAUCAAAAGUAACUUAGCCAUCCACAUAAGCUUCCCUUUGUGAUGGAUUGUCACCUGUUAUGUCGCACCCUGUGUAAAAAUUUUGUCUUGCUGGCAUAUAUGUUAGUGGAGAGUAUCUCCACAGUUUUGUUGUGAUAACAAUCAUCAAGAACUCAGUAACCGGUGAUCCACUCUUUCCCUGUGAGGCGACCAGCAAAACAGGCAGGGGAAAAAAUCGCACUAUAGCUCGGCGUUCUUUUGAGGAGCCACGUUUUUUUCGCUUUAAAUCGCAAUUCAUCUUUUUAGUGGUCAUUUUUCUUCUGCAAGUAGAUGUCUGCUAGUAUCGCUAGAUCUUCCAGAUGUUAUCGUUAUUCAAACGUUUACUCGAAAAAAAAAAGAAAAAAGAAGGCAGGUAAUUUGAAAAGUUCAGUUAACAGUAUAGUAAGCAUUCAUUCAACUCUCCAUUAAUUUAUUCGUUUGGUCUGUGAGCAUUACACGCAGUUCACCAUUUCUUGUUAUGAUGAUGUGUGCAUGUAAGUAAUUUUUCCAUGGACAAUAAUAGCCCAUGUUUCAUGCAAGUGUAUUUACAUUUUGUCAAGACACUCAAGAGUAACACUUUUUAGGCACUGCCAACUGCUAUGAGUCUCCGUUGCACAUUCGUAUUGGUCAGGCUGCAAGAAGACAUUGGCAAAUGCAAGGAUACGUAAGCUGGGGACAUAUCUGGUGCAGAACUCUCUGUGUUGGUCUCUAUUCAACUGCUGCAGCUGAUAACAUCACAAAGUGACCGUCAGCAAGUGCGCACUUGAAAUCUUGCAUGCAUUUUGUUCUUGCACCUUUUGACAUUUGUUGUCGCAUGGGAUCCCAAUAAGUGGAGAGAUGUACAGGAUGUUACAUCGAGUUGUUACAAAAUAUUCCAGUGCAUGGUGGCUCAUUAAAAGGCAGGAAGUUUCACCGAAUAUGUUAACCAGGUGUUCUAAUGUAGUGUCAGUGUCGAGAAAUAUUUAAAACUGCAAAGCGAAACGAAAUCAGCUGUACGCACGUGUAUAGCACAUGUUCAUGCUAUGGAAUGCAUCACUUGUACGCUAUCCCCCUUGGGAAAUUUCAUCUGUGUUAUAAACUCACUUUGCCAGAAUGAACUUUAAACCAUGACAGAGAAGAUGCUUUGUCUGCAUUUUGAGGCUUCGAAGUGUUUCAUCGUGUGUGUAAUGUUCCGUUAUGUUCAACUGCGUUCGUGUGCGUUGCUAUGCCACGCCGAAUUGAGGUUCCUUGCAGCAGGAACUGCAGCAUGACAUGUUCAGGGCAGCAUGCUUUACGAGUGUGAAUGAUGAAGACUCCCAAUGGUUAUUAAUAGCAAGCUUUAUGUCAGGCCCAAUUCCUGCUUCACUGUGGAUGCAAACAUUCUCACACAAGGCAAAUGCGUGAGCGAUUAGAAGAACAUCUGUUUUUUUUUUCUACAAACAAAAGGUUCAAUUCCACUGAUUUGUGGUGGCAGAACUUUGGUUAUGGCUUGCAAACUUUCUUUAGUAAAAUUUGCUGAGGUAUGCUAACACAUACCAGCUUUGAAUGCCUAGCCUGUAACUUAACAGAGAUAACGUUAUGCAAGGUACAUCUGGCAGAAAUGAAGAUUAAUGAGUACGAAAUUUGUGGCUGAAUUUGGGUUGAAUGUGAAAUAACCAUGAGCAACCACACCUGAACUGUUUCCUUUAAAUGCAAAAAAGGAAAAAAAAAAAAGAAAUGUACCUAAUCAAAUUUGCUUAGCUGCCACCUAGUGAGAGAGUUUCUGCUUUCCGCAUCUAUAGUGAAACACCAUUUGAUUUAACAUCACUUGAACAAGUUUUUCAUUUGAUCACUAUCCCAGUAGUAAGGGCAAGCCAAUGCAUUUACACUUCACUUGAAUGAACAUUCACUUGAGCGAGCAGUUUGUUGCCAUCCCUAGAAGUGUGUUCAAGUGAAAUAUUGCUGCAUUUGAAAAGGAACCUGUUGUGCCCAAUAGGAAUGUUCUUUUUUUUUAAGCUGCUUCAUCAAGCGCAGGCCAAGAGUGGGCUGCUCUGAUGGCAUUAUGCUCACUCCUUCAAAGUGCUUCGCAAGCAUUUAUAUAUGGUGGUGCUAAUUAAAGCGUAUUUAUAGAGCACCCAUCUUGAACAAUACGUAUCCUAAGCACAAAUUGAAAGAACAGAGGACAAGCAAGAUCACACAAGUGCAUGUCAACAUCAAUUAGCCUCACAUGACAUUCUUUUGAACACCACGUAUUUAUCUUAUUUUCCUGUUUGAGGUGUUAAUCUGCGAAGCGUAUAACACUUUGCAGUUAAAAUACCGAAAAGAAAGGAAAAGAUUUUUGCGAGAGAGCACAUACAUUCAUAAUCUUUACUGUCAUAGCAAGUUAUCACGGUGUAUAAUAAGUUCCGUCUGUUCGAGGUGUUAAUUUGCAAAGCUGAUAACACUUCGCAGUUAGAAAACAAAAAAGAAAGCUUCCUGAGAGCACAGCACAUAUGUUUAUAAUUUUUGUAACCAUGAGAACUUCUCACAGUGUACACCAAAUUCAAUGUCAGAGUGCUGUCCCACAUUUUUUUUAGUAGUUCUGGUCCGAUUUUCUUUCGUUCUGCCGAGUUUAACCUUUUUUUUUUUUUUUUUUUUACACACACAACAGGGUAACAGAGAUUUCGUCAAACUUUGUUUUGCUUGUUUGUUCACUCUGGGCUCCAAGAACAGCAUUGCACUGUAUUUUGUUUUUGUCAUUGUCUAUGGCUUUUACUGUGCUGUUUCAAGAACAUGAAAAUGUCGAAAUCUCUCCACCAUGAAAGAACACUUUAGCAGUGGUUGAAGCAAAAUUUGUGCCUUGCCAUUGUUUCUUGUGUUUCUCUACUGGCAUCGUGAGGAAUUUGCACUUGGUCUUAUGGCAAGCGAGUAGUUGCAGCAAAAAGCAACAGGAGAAACACUGGUGGCUCAUUAGGCACACUACCUGUGACACAAUUUGUACACAACAGAAAUGGCUAAAAUGAUCAACCAUUUGGCGUGUGGUGUUUUUACCAAAGCUAAUUCAAUUGCAGAAGCAUGGCUCUUACAGAGGGUGCUAAAUAAAAACAGUGAGGUAGCAAACUGAUCACCUUUAAUGAGAGCAAAACUUUGACAAGGCCAAGAAGCAACAUAAACGGGAAAUGCGCCCAUUGCAUUGAUACUUUCAAAUUCCUGAAGCCAGCCUUUCUAGAAACCUGGUUUUCACUAUGGAUUUUUUGAUUCGAAGCUAGUUAAUUUCUGGUCAUUUCACUUGAAAAUAAAAGCAAAAUCAGCCUGACAAUGUUCAUAAGCAUUAGCUGCUUUAAUAAAGUCCUAAAUGUGUGCAACUCCAAAAGUAUGACAUCAUGUGAUGAUGUCAUUGCUACUGUGUUUUGACCAGCUAAAGAAAUCAAGAAUUUUCGAUUGAGAAAAAUUUGAUCUUCAGGAGCCACAACCUGCUAACAGGUCUUUCACCAAACAAAUAGUGCGGGAGAUUUAGAGGAGUAAUCUACUGUGGUCAAAAUGUUCCAUAGGACUUACCUAUCGCAGUUAAGGUGCUACACAGGAAUAAUCUGUCAGUUGAGGCUGAUUUACUGUUUAUCUGUGGCAGUUCCUCAAAAAACGCAUGACUCUCGAAAGAUUGUACACCCUUUAGGGUUCAGUUUUGUUGCACAACAAUUAUCACCAUUUUUCAGUGUAAUUUCUUUCUUAAUUACAUUGUGCACCAAACGCUUUUCUGUCGAAUGCUGAGAAACACAAGUGGCUGGAUAGGUGCUUUUCAAAUGUGCUGGACAUCUGGACAUGAAACAGUUCAUGUUCUCAUGUCUGACAUUCCUGUAGAGAGUUUUUGCAUGGAGUCAAAAUCCUGUAGACUUGACAAAACUCACUGAAGAACUUAAAAUAGUCUAUUCAUUUGGCAGCUGUUCACUUUCCGUGACUCUGAAGGUGCCAGAAAUGUUAUAAAACUAAAUUUUCAAUGAAAAGGGUUAAUUAGCACCUAAAUUAAUUUAAUUAUCAUCAUGGUGUGAACUUGCAUGCCUUAACGUGCAUACAAGUUUUAGCAGAAGGAAACGACACUUAUCAGUCCCAAAGAAAUUAAGGUCUCCUUGGUGGGCUCAGGCAUCCUGGCCCACCACAUUCUUGAUAUGUUGUACCAGAAACAUUGUAUUACUGGUGCGGCAUUCUUGGGCAAUUAUUUUUGGAGAUACUAUUAAUUUCGCGAGAUUUCGCGUGACUUGGCACCGGACACAUCCAAGUAUAUGGCCAACAGCAUUUCUGGAACUGUGUGAAGAUAACGAGCUUGGCACAGCACUAGAAAUGCUGUCAGCCGUACACGUCAAUGUGUUCGAUGCCAAGUCACAUGAAAUAUCAUGAAAGGAGCACGGUGGAAUCUCGUUGAUACGAUUCUGCAUAAUACAUUUUUCUUAUAUACAAUUCUUUUCCUUUAUAUACGAUUAUAUUCGGAUAAUACAAUUUUCAGAUGAGACAUUUUAUUUUCUGGUUCCUGUGAAGAUUGUAUCAACGAAAUUCCACUGUAGUAUCUGAAACUGACUGCCAUAAGAUACACCAGUACAGCACCAUGACACAAAGACACGAACAAGGCGAGACACAUAGAGUGCUCUUUACUUUAAUCUGAGAAUGAAAAAAGUACCUAGUGGCCCACAAAAACUGGGUUACUAGGUACUUGUUUACGUGACUGACCAGUUGAGCUGGAUUAUCAUCACAGUCCCAACUAUCUAACUGGUUAAAUAUGAAUGGGAAUAGGCAAAGGCCAUACAUUUUAACCUGAAGACAAAUGUUUUCUUUUGUAAAAGCAUGCAUAACAAGGCCUGUCAUAUGAUGAAAGCAGCUCAGCAUGCAAUAUUUCUUUAUCCACAUCUCUGAAUGCUACCUUUAUGUUCUCCACUCACUGUAUAUAAUGUGGCCAUGCUAUUUAUGCUCCACAUUUACGUAUGGAUUACAUAAUGUCACUAAUUUCCUGCUGUCUUUGGUGGUGACCACAUGCGUUAUUCGACUUAUGUGCCCAAGUGUCUCUCCUACUUAUUUAUUUUGUUGCUCUGACUGCAUGCUUGGUAAUUCAUCCUUAUUCUGUGUUAUCUUGGAUGGUGGAGAAGCGGAAAUUGUCAUCAAGGAUAAGCUGUUCAAAUUUGCUCCAUCAUACAGAAUCCCAAGCCCUUUUCUCAGUGCCUGAUUACGAGAAAAACGGCACUGUGCUCUUGAAACACACGUUUUUUGGUCCCUACGGUGGCUCACCAAAAUCUACAAGAACAGCAUCCGAGCACACUGUUGUAUUAAGUAAUAAAGAGUUUAGUCUUGUUA